GGCCGGAGAGGGAGGCAAAGACGAACAAGAAGAGAUCUUCGCCGGAGGGGAAGAUGGAGUUAGAGCCCUUCCAAGUUCGAGGUGAUCUCGUCGCACAUUCAGAAGUUGAGGAGGAUGAGUUUAUACCCAAAUCUCCAAUCAGCAUGCCCUACAUCCCUGACGAGCUGAAUGAUCCGACUGCCUAUCCAGCGACACUAGCAGCUUUCAACGAGGCCCAUGUCAAAUACAAAGCGAAAUUAAAUCGUCGGUACGGGCUAUUCAGUCUGCCACGUCAGCUCAACUUGGCAUCUCCAUGCCUGUUUAAUCAUCGGCAUCUUCUAACAAUCCGUGAGUCUGCACUAAAGGCGGUGCUUCGUGCUGCCAAAUCUAUCAUCAGGCUCUCCUCUUCUGUGGACGGGAAGCCACUGGCCAACUGUUGUGGUUUGUGGAUUAAAUGGGACGGGGACAGCAAGACAGGCAUUGUUUUGACGACUGCACAUUUGAUUCGGUCCAACCAUCCCACCGAAAACCUCUGGGAAGGCAAAGACGAGUACAAUAUUAAAUCUAAAGUCAUUGUUCACUUGCUGGAUGGCAACACUGCAGAUGGCCAUUACCUCUACCACCAGGAGCAUUAUGAUCUUGCCAUUUUUAAGGUUAGACUGGAUGAGGAGGUUGAGGUGCCCCAUUUCAGUGUAAGCAUGAAUUGUGGGCAAGACAUUUUCAGGCUUGGAAGAGAUGGCCAUAUGAUUUUAAGGAUGACCCACGGUAGUGUGGAAUAUCUGAAUCCAGGAAGUGCUGAGAGGCAUCACUACAUGUACUUGUACCAUCAGAAAAAUGAUUCUCUUUCCCAUCAAAGACGUGAUGAUCGCCUUCCCAAUGAAAAUAAUGACGAUUAUCUGUGUGAUGAUGAUGGAGGGUCUGUCAUUGACUUGGAUGGGAAGGUCGCUGGACUCGUUAACAAGCACCUUGAAGAGUCUUUUGUACCUUCUUCUAUUCUGGAUAAAUGUGUGGAUUUGUGGUGCAAGUUUCGGUGCAUCCCUCGGCUCCAUCUAGGGAUGACAUUUAUUUCAAUCAAGCUUCUAGAUCCAAUACACAUUGAGAUGAUCUGUCGCAUGUAUAAGAUUGAGGAUGGCCUUAUUGUUCAAGAGGUGUCAAAAGAAUCGCAUGCCGAGAAACUUGGAAUCUGCCUUGGUGAUAUUAUUGAACGUUUUAAUGGAGAACUAAUAUCUACUACAGUUGAGUUGGAAAAAAUGUUGCUUGGAAGAUGCAAGGACCAUUUAGAUCAAGGAGGUCACUUGAAUGAGAAAAUAAAUAUUUCAAUUCAAGUAUUUCACACAGAGGAACGUCUCCGAAGAAAUAUAAAUUUGAGUGUAGAUGUAUCAGAUGGUGCAGAGGUCGUUAACAGAAGGACUUACCCCAUCACUGCUAUAGAAGGGACGUUUGCUUCAGGGCAACCUAGCAAAAAUGUGGCAGAUGAUCCUUGUCUACCAAGACGAGAACGUACUUGGGAGAGUUAUCUACGAGAACAUACUGGGAAGAGUUAUCGUACUUAAAUGCAUCUAUUGAAAAGGCCCAGCCCACUCCAGCAAAAUCUGCUUCGGUAAUGGAGGCAAUAAACCUAGGAAGAAAAGUGUAUUCGGAUCAACUGCAAGUUCAUGUUUUGCUGGCAUGCUGAUUGUGUCUUAAUCUGCCUGUUAUCAUCAAAGCAGAAAUGGGACUCGGGUCGGUUCGUUCAUCGGUAGAAUUUACAAAAUCUAAACAUGUAUUUUGGCUGAAUACAUGGUGUACCCCGGAGAGAUGUUGUGGAAUAUUACUGCGGUCAGAGUAAGAUCUUAUGUUCAAAGAUCCUAA